AUGGACCCUUUCUCCCUCUCAGUUGGAAUAGCGGGCAUCCUGCCGGUCAUUGCCACUGCAAUCACCACCACUAAAGAGUACAUUGACAAUGUGAGGUCAGCGAGGCAAUCAAUCGCGACUUUGAUAACCGAACUUGAAGCUCUGCAAGCCAACGUGACAAAUCUGCACGAGCUUCUAAAGGGUGAUCUCCUGAAUGAUAAUGUUCGAUUCCAGAAGAGCUCCGUCCUUCUAACCUGCUCCGCUGCUUGCGAGGCAAAGUUGAGGGAGCUCUGCAAGAAGCUAAGCCAGGAAGGAAAAGGCAAACGAAGUCGCUUGUUAUGGCCUUUUACCGAGAAGGAUUACCAGAAAACCAUCCAGGAAUUACGCCAUUUUAGCAGCUGGAUGCAAUUUGCCUUGUCAGUCGAUGGGUGCCGAUUAUUAUCCAAGACUUCGGACGACGUCUUGAAGUUGAUGGCGCAACAGCUGGAACAAUUCAGCGCCAUACAGGCACUCGAAGCAGAUACUCUGCGAAUCUUGGAUGUUGUUACCGAUCAAAAGCGGGUUAUUGAGAAUAAUAUGGAGAAAGAAACAAGAAAGAGCAUUUUGAACUGGAUAUCCACCUCGAAGCACUAUCAGAAACACCGGCUUGUUCAAGCGUCGAGGGCACAGAAUACUGGUGCUUGGAUUCUCCGCAGAGAGGAAUUUAUACAAUGGCGAGAUGAGAAAUCUACUUCAAAUGUGCUCGUCUGCCACGGCAUUCAAGGCUCCGGCAAGACCAACCUCGCCUCGAUUAUCAUCGAUGAGCUUCUCGAGACAAGUUCCAGCGAGGAAUCGCCUGUUGGGUACUUCUACUUUGAUCACCAGGAUCAAUCAUCUCAAAGUACAUCGGCAGUGCUAUCCUGUAUCCUCAAACAGCUUCUUGAGCAGCUACCAAUGAUUCCAAGUCCUGUCGCCGAACUAUACGAGAAAAGCAGCCACAAAGGAUCAAUAACUCUUGACGAGUGCCAGCGACUACUCACAGAACUGGCUUUGGACUUGAGAUGUGUAUAUCUAGUGUUUGACGGCCUUGAUGAGUCGACACAUCGGAGACCUUUUCUUCAGAGCAUAUUGAACAUCGCUCAAAGUCAACACGUCCGUUUGUUGGUUACCAGUCGACCGCAUAUUCCAGAUAUCAGAGAUUUAUUCCAAAAGCAUCCGAACCUUAUGAUAGAGGCUCACGAGGAAGACCUCAAGAGUUAUCUCUACCAGGAGCUAGAACAAGGUGGAAUAUAUGAUAUCGCGGAUCGAAGCUUUGUGAACAGAUUGGUUCGGAAAUUGACCAAAGGGGCAGAUGGAAUGUUUCUCCUCCCAGUGCUACGGCUCCGCACCAUCCUCAAAGAGCCUACUCUGGGCGAGAUGGAGGACAGAAUGGCAGACCUUUCGCAUAGUCUCAACGAUGCAUUUGCGGAUACCAUAUCUCGUAUACAACGGCUACCCGAAAGUCGCAGCAGACUCGGAAUGGAUGCACUCAAAUGGUUGACACAUACAACCCGUGCAAUGACAGAAUCAGAGCUUAGCGAUGCAUUGGCCAUCCACAGCAAGCAAAACGCAGUCAAUGCAAAGUAUCGACCCACGACAAAGACUAUUCUCGAAUGCUGCCAGGGGCUCGCGACGGUGGACGCAGAACGUCAUGUACGGCUUGCCCAUUACGCCAUUCAGGAGUACUUGACAGAUAAUUCGGAAGAUCUCUUCCCGCGAGCUGAAGCCACAAUUGCCGUAACUUGUCUCCGCUACCUUGUCUUCGAGAACUUCCAGGAUGGGCCUUGGGCAGCCGAGCGUGAGAUUGAGUCUAUUAUGGCGGCGUAUCCUUUUCUCACCUGGGCUGCCAGGUAUUGGGGGCAAUUCACGCGGCAGACUGAGACUGACGCCGAGGUGUGGUCUGCACUGUUCAAUUUUUUCUCCUCCCCUUUCGCCACGGCCAUGACCAACCAAGUGCGACAGUACUCGAUGUCUAUGAUCCAGGAUUACUGGAAUGCGAGCGAAUGCAGAAGCUUCACAGCCCUCCAUCAUGCGUCGCGUGAAGGGCUCCAGCGAGCAGUAAACCAGCUGUUAAACAGUGACACCUUCAGCGUCAACGAGCUGACACGGAUGGGCGCCACUCCUGCCAUCAUGGCGGCUGCCGAUGGCCAUGUACUGACGACUCGGAACUUGUUGGCCCACGGGGCUAAUCCACGCCUGCGCAAUUGGUAUGGCGACGCGUUACAUUGUGCCAUCGAGGCGGAUCACAUAGCCACAGUGCGCGAGUUGGUCCGCUGGGGAAUGGAUCCUAACUCCGUCGGUGAUGGCGGGCGCAACUAUCUCAUAUCUGCUCUGGAUACUGAUUCGGAAGGCGCAUUUGCAGCCCUUGUCGAGCUGGGUGCUGAUAUUAAGUUGCAGAGCAAGGACGAGCGCCGUGGUCAUCUUUUCUUCACCGCGGCGGCCUGGGGUUGCGCUAACAUCGUUUCGCUGAUGUUGGAGCGAGGCUGGGCUGAAAUUGAAAUGAGAAACCCCAACGGGCUCACUGCACUGCACUGUGCUGUUGCGGCCGCGGAAAUAACGACGGUGAGGAGACUUAUUGACGCUGGGGCCAAUACCGAUGCGACGGAUAAGAAAGGACGUACUGCUCUGGAAUAUGCGAAGGUUAAUGGCAACAAGACUAUGGCAAGACUAUUGCUAGACGCAGGCGCCAUGCCUUUAGAUGAAAAUCGAGCCCGAAAUCACACCCAGAGGAACCAGAGUAAUUAA